AUGGCCGAUAUCAAUGAAUUCUUUAUUUGCAAAUUGUGUAAAGGCUAUUAUCGAGACCCGUACACUGCGAAAGAGUGUCUGCAUACCUUCUGUCAUGGCUGCAUUCGAGGAUUCUAUCUGCAUACAUCAUCGUGCACUUGUCCGACUUGUGGUGUGAAUCUCGGUGCCAAGCCGUGGACCCAAUUCAUCCCUGAUCCAGCUAUAAAAGAGCUCUCUGAAAAGUACUUGCCAGAUUACCGUGAAGCUGAAGAAACGGAAGAGCAAGAGUUUUAUGCAAACUUUGGUAUCAAGCGCAAACAACCUGAUACGUUGUCGGAAAAUCGCCCGAGUGCUUCAAAGUUUCGUCGUGGACUCGGCCCGUCGUCACCUAGACACAUGAUUCAGUUUGAGCUGUAUCCACAGCGCGGCCCCGAUGUUCCUCUCUUCCUCCACCUUGGCGAGCUGAAAGCUCCGUGUAUGAACACGCAGUCUUUUUUCAAGAUCAUGUAUCUGCGCAAGUACCUGGCUAAGAAGCUGAACAUUCUGAAGCCCGAGGAGAUCGAGAUUCUAUGCAACGGCGCGGUUGUCGGUCCAGAAUACUCGCUCGAGUUCAUCCGACGAACACGCUGGAAAGCGGACUCCAAGAUGAUUCUCGAGUAUCGACGUCAGAUAGUUGCCUCCUAG